AUGCCCCUUUUCAAAAACGCCCCUUCCAAGGUCCUGGUACCUGAGAAGUUGUCCCCAGAUGGUCUCGCCCUCUUGCGGAGCUCCCUGGACGUGGACGAGAGGAAGGGUCUUAGCCCUGACGAGCUGUUAGAAAUAAUUCCAAACUAUGAAGCUCUACUCGUUCGUUCUGAAACGAAAGUCACAGCAACCGUGCUUCGUGCAGCUCGAAACCUAAAGGUUGUGGCACGAGCUGGAGUGGGAGUCGACAACGUUGAUGUCGAGGAAGCCACCAAGCUCGGUAUCGUUGUUUGUAACUCACCAUCCGGCAAUAUCGGAGCCGCAGCAGAACACACGAUUGCUCUCCUGAUGUCGAUGGCCAGAAAGAUACCAGAGGGGUGUGCCAGUCUCAAGGAUGGGAAAUGGGAACGAAGCAAGUUCGUCGGGGUGGAAGUCAAGGGCAAAGUUCUAGGAAUUGUGGGUCUGGGGAAAGUCGGUCUUACCGUCGCUCGCCUUGCCAAGGGCCUCGGAAUGAACGUCCAUGCCUUGGACCCCUAUGCCUCUCCAGCUGUGGCAGCCUCAGCCUCAGUCACCCUCGUCUCGUCACUGUCAGAACUUCUUCCGACCGUCGACUUUCUCACCAUCCAUACGCCUUUGAUUGCUUCCACUCGCGGUAUGAUCAGCGAUGCCGAGCUUGCUCUGAUGAAGCCGGGCUCCCGGAUUCUCAAUGUGGCACGGGGAGGCACAAUUGACGAGACUGCGCUUCUAGCCGCUCUGGAAUCUGGCCAUUUAGGAGGAGCGGCGAUUGAUGUGUUCACUUCAGAGCCCCCGGUGCCCGAUUCGACUGCUGCCAAAUUGAUUGCGCAUCCACGGGCUGUUGUGACACCUCAUCUUGGAGCGUCAACGGUUGAAGCCCAGGAAAAUGUGUCAGUGGAUGUCUGUCAGCAAGUUCUCGAGAUUCUCGCUGGCUCGCUACCUCGAAGUGCCGUAAACGCACCCAUCAUUUUACCAGAAGAAUACAAGAAGCUGCAGCCGUUUGUUCGCUUGGUCGAAAAGUUGGGCAGUCUUUAUACACAGCACUACGCUGGCUCGCCAGGGGGAUCGAUGACCUUGAACACUUUCGACCUCAUCUACAAGGGAGAGGUGGCCGGUAUCAACAAUACGGCUCCUCUAUUUGCUGCCCUCAUCAAAGGUCUACUGUCCCCGAUUAGUAGCACGGAGGGCAUUAACAUCAACAUCGUCAAUGCCGAACUUGUAGCUCGUGAACGCGGAAUAUUCGUCUCAGAACAACGCUCUCGCGACCCAGCUGACGAAUCUUCUUAUUCUUCACUGGUCACUCUUGUAGCUCGACCACCAUCCCGUGCUUCUUCCCGUGCUCCGACAGGCGAUGUUGUCGGAGGUGCACCUCACGCCCAACAUCAGCGCAUCAUAUCUGGCACAUGCUCCGGUGACCAACCAUUGAUCACUCGCUUGGGCCGAUUUGAAGCCUCCUUUGAACCCAAUGGAACUCUUCUAAUCUGUGAGAACUAUGACUCGCCCGGCAAAAUUGGCGUGGUCGGCAGCAUCCUCGGUCGUGAAGGCGUGAAUAUCAACUUCAUGACAGUCGCCCCGGUUUCUUCCAAGCUCAUUGCCGGGGAUGCUUCCGCCGAAGAAGAUAACCCGAUAUCGAAAGAAGCCUUGAUGAUUCUCGGCAUUGAUCGAAACGUUUCUCCCAAGGUCACGACCGAUCUUGUCAAGGAAGGGGGCGUGCUCAGCGCUUGUGCCGUGACACUCUAA